CUAAACAAAAAGAAGAAGAAAAAAAAAACAAAAAACAAAAAAGAAUGGCGAGCGAAGAGGAAACUGUGGCUGAGGUUGAAGCUGUGGAAGCCGUUUAUGGAACCGAUUGCUCACUUCUCCGUUCUUUCCCUCCCCAUUUUCACAUCUCCCUCAAACCCAGAACCGCUGAUGUUACCUCCGAACAGUUUGUAGAAGUUAUUCUAGAGAUACAAGCAAGCCCUCAGUAUCCGAAAGAACCACCGUGUGUUGCUCUUGUGGAUUGUAAGGGUCUGGAUGAACAGAGAAAAAAGCAUCUAUUAAAUCACAUACAAAGUAAAGCCGACGAGCUCUCCCCUUGUUUAAUGCUUGUAGCUCUCUGUGAGGAAGCGGUAGAGAAGCUCUCAGCUAUGAAUCAUCCUGAUGGUGAUUGUCCAUUGUGUUUGUCCCCUUUGGUUCCAGAAGAUCACCAAAGUGAAACCUUGCCUUUUAUGAAGUUAAUGUCUUGCUUUCAUUGUUUUCACAGUGAAUGUAUCAUUAGAUGGUGGAAUUGGCUUCAAAGUUCUAAAGAAGCAGACUCUGCUAAUUCAAGUAGUGCAACUGCCCAUUCUGACCAAGAUAAUUAUGAAAAAAUGGAAAAGGGUGCUGGAAACUGCCCAGUCUGUCGCAAGCCUUUUAAUGCCAAGGAUUUGGAUCAUGUGCUAGAUCUAGUUGGCUCACGUUCUUCCCAAUUGAGUAUGGAUAAUGAUGAAGCCAAUGAUGAGGAAAAGCUUCUUCAAUCUGAGCAUGAGAUCAUCAGGAGACAGAAAUUUGAAGCCAUCUUAAACUUACAGAAGGAGAACAGUGGUUUGUUUGAACCCAAAAGAGAUAUAGUAAUAAUGCCUGGUAUGUAUCUUCCACAACCGGUUGCAAUGCCCAGUUCCAUGUCAACCAAGGAAUCUGAUGAGGUGCAAGAAAAAGAUCCACCUGCAGUUGGUUCAGGAAAACAUGCCAGUGGAACCUCAAAUGGACCAAGUUCUAGUGGGAACAGGAGUUUUGGUGCAAGGAGGCAGAGAGCAAGAAGUGAUCAUCACUCUAGUUCAACUGUGAGAAAUCCAAGAAAACAAGUCCAGCAGUGGGUAAGAAAAGAUAAUCCUAGCAAUAAGCAAUAGAAGUGAUGUCUCUCACUGCUAUAUGUCAUAUUUAUAUAUCACAUGAAUGUUGAGCAAGAUACAAAAUAGUAGGAAAAGACAGAACUAAGAGCUAGGUACUUCCCCCUCCCUUUUCAGUUGGAGGGGUGUUAGAGGAAUAGAAUGAAAGCAAAAAAGGAAAGACUUGCACAUGGUGCUUAAUUCAUCGGUAAUUUCCUUAUUCUUUUUUCUCUUUUCAUUUUGAAGAAGGCAAGCUUAGUGCAGUGGUAAAAUUAUUUUUUUGUGACCGCAAGGUCAUGAUUUGCAAAUAUGCAAUGAUAAUGUUGUGUACAAGGUUUA